AUGCCGAUGUUUCAGAAAACCAAAUCAUCAGUACGUAGACGAUUUACCGACUUUAUUUUCCUUUACGAAACACUUUCUGCUGAAUUUCCAAUGUGUUGUAUACCUCCAUUGCCUGAUAAGCACAAACUAAAAUAUAUCAAAGGAGACCGAUUUAACAGUGAAUUUAUUAUGAAAAGAACAAAGUCUUUGGAAAUAUUCUUACAAAGAGUGGCCAUGCAUCCUCAGUUACGUCGGUCUCCACAUUUAUGUCAAUUUCUUGAAUCUCAAGACUGGCAUGCGUAUGUUCGUAGCGUUGUAUUGCAUCAUAAAACAAAUCAUAUUUAUGUGAGAGGAGUUUUUGAAGGAUUGAGUGAUGCAUUUCUCAAUGCUUUUACAAAACUUGACAAACCAAACCAGAUAUUUAUUGAUAUGAAGGAAAAAAUAGACAAAUUAGAGAAUAGUUUGGUACAUGUAGAAAAAAUGGUAUCAAAAAUGGUACGGAACGAAGUAGAAUUAGAGUCAGACUAUAAAGAAAUGGGGUUUUUAUUCAAACAGCUUGCUAUAUUGGAGCCAUCCCUCAGUUGGGAAUUAACAUUGUUCAGCGAAGCUAUUGAAAAUACAGAAGCCAGCAUCAAAAAUUUGAGAGAAUAUACUGAUUAUACUUAUUUGACCUUUUUACAUGAUCUAAUCUGUUAUGCUAAUAUGCAAAAACAGCUUUUGAAACAGCGUGAUCAAAAACAAAUGGAUAUCGAAGGCCUUUCAGGGUAUCUUUUGAAAAUCAACGCAGAGAAAGAGCAUGUUAUUCAAGGCUCGGGGCUUUUGUAUUUCCGGGAAAAAGUUGAAAGCUUAACAGGCAUUGAUCAUGAACAUGCAAAACAGGAGCGACUUAAAAAACUAGAAGCCAAAAACGAAGAAAUUAAGAAGGAAAUAGAAAUAUCCAAGCAAGCUAGUCAAGCUUUUGAUGAAGAAACAAUACGUGAAAGCGAAAUUUUUGACAAAAUUAAGGCAAAAGAAAUAGAAGAAAAUUUUGGCACUUUUUCAAAUGAAAAUCUUAACUUUUACAAACAGAUUCUCGAGAGUUGGGAAAAAAUCAUUCCAGAGUUGGAACUUGCUAAACAAAAAGGAUAA